UUAUUCUCGUCUACGGUAUUCUAACGAAUUUUGUCAAGCGUUAUCACGGAUCACGAAAGUAAACAUAUCCCCUAUCACGGAUCAAUAUAGAGUACUUGAUCACGAAUCAUAAAUUUGUUUUUAGGCUUUUCAAGAAUCACGAAAAUAGUUUACAUCACCAUGUCUUUUUCUCUACCUUCAUAUGAUUGUAGCUCAAUUAAAAGAUGCUUUGCGGGUAUUUAACACCUGUGAACAAAUCUUUCUCUUUAAAUUCGUUUGUCCAACUCGUGCCCCCCCAUUCCCGAAACACGUUAAAAUGGCAUAUUUCGUCGUUUGAAUAUUUUCUGAUGCCAAAUAUGUUCAUUUAAAAAGUUGCUAGGAGAAGAUUAUCUGUUCUCUUUUUCCCAGGAGACCAUUUCUUUUUUUCCUAGCCAUAAGUGGUUAGGAUUCUUAGCACAUGAAUAGUUGCCCGUAUAACCGCUCCAGUGCACCAAAACAUUCCAAGCCCAACUAGUUCGACUACACAAAUUUGCGAGUGGUCUAACAUCUUCCUAGCCAGAAAAAAAACGGGCUGCGGAAGAGAUAUUUUGCGGAACUGAUCCCUUUUUGUGCCCUUUUGACACCUGUUUUUUUUCUUUAUGGUACUUAACACCUGUGAACAGUUUUUCCAACUCGUGUUUAUCGUGCUGUAUUGGCGAAGAUGAAAUCGGCUGUAAUGGUAGUAUUUGCGAGCUUGGUGACUUCGGUUUGCUCGACACUGACGCGUACCGCCUUAAAAAGUGGAACAGUAUCGUUGGUCUUCACUGGAGAUGUGAGUUUUGGCGGCGCUGUUCGAUACUACGCCGAAAAGGGCUACUAUAAAUAUAACGAGGCUCUCGCCAAGGUCGCCCCAUAUCUCCGACAAGCUGACAUAGCCAUUGGGAACUAUGAGUCACCGUUUAUACAAAAAAAGGACGAAACAGUAAAAAAUCGUUUGAAGGUCAUAUCGGGUGUUUCAUUGAGAUCAACAUUGGAUAGCGGAUUAGCACUAAGAUUCGCUGGCUACGAUAUAAUAUCUGUAGCCAAUAACCAUCUCAAUGAUUUCAACGAGAUCUCGGCUAACACGACCGUGAAGACUCUCAGGAGCCUGGGAUUGAUUCCAAUGGGAUAUAGCUAUGGUCGAUUUGACGCACCACAGGUUCCGGUUAUCAAGGUCAUCCGCGGCGUGAAGAUCGCGUUUCUCGCUUACUGCACUCGGGAUGCAUUAUGUCAGUCAAGAAAAGAGUUUUCAUCAGGCCCUGCUUACUACACCAAAUACGCCACCAAGCGCGAUGUUCGCGCACUUAAACAAUCAGAAUCCCCUGAUGUCAUUGUGGUCUUCCUUCACUGGGGAGAAGAGUACGAAGUGUUACCCUCAGCGAACCAAAGACAAACAGCCCGGGAACUUGCUGCACUUAACGUAUCUAUGGUGAUAGGGUCGCAUUCGCACAGGAUUGUAAAGCACUGUUUCCAUGGCAACACACUAAUAGCGUAUGGCCUCGGGAACUUUCUUUUUCCUCCUUAUCCAGGCGAUGGCAAUCACGAGAUAUUUAACUGGGCAUUGAAACCUAAAUGUACUCAAAAGAAGCGUACAAAAUGGCAUAUUAUUGAAAAGAACUUUGAAAAAAACGUCCAAACGAUAAGAAAUCCAACGACAGAAUCGAUGAUUCUUCGAUUGAGCGUCAAUAAGCAUGGAAUUGUAGGGGCUAAGUAUCUCCCUGUCAAUAUUCGAUUUCGGGUAAAGAAGCGGCUUUUGCAGCCAUCCCCGGCGACGAAUAAGUGGAUCCGUGUGUGCAGCAAAGAGGACACCCAUUGUAUGGACAAAGGGCUGACAUGCAUAUGAGAAAACCACAAGCAAUAAACAAUAACAUUUUUUAAAUUUUAGUUACAACCACACUGGCUAUGUUCGUGUUAUACAGAGAAGCGUCUGCUACUUUCAUCGCAUAGCCUCGAAUUAUUGGGGGGGGGGGGGGGCACGAUACUGAAACAUUAAGAAAACAAUGGGGUGCACAGCCACUCCUCUACUGGCCUUUUCUUUAUAUAUAUUCUUUUAAAUAUUGUAGGGAGCACGUGCCCCACCCCAUGCUACGGCCCUGCAUCAUCAAUAUGAUCAUAAAUCAUUUUUACUGUCAUCAUCAACAACAUUAUCCUCUAUGAAUAAACACCGUUAUCAUA